AUGGACAGUAUGCCUGAUAAAAAAGUUACCACUAAACCUACUACUCCAAUUACCCUUAAUCUUGUCAAUCCGGAUGAAUCAAAUAUAGAUGUGCAUAUAAAAAAUGAAUCAGAGGUAUCCUUCAAGGGGUAUACUCCAAAGAAUUGCUAUCAUAUCUCCUCUGUUAUGAAUGCUGAUAAGGAACUAUGGAAAGCAACUGAAGGAGCUGAUGAGAAGUGCCUAUUAGCUGAAUCCUAUGCUAAGAAUAAUGUAGAACUUCUUUCUCUAAAAGCCUCUGAUAAUAGUGGCACAAAGUCUAAAUACUUUGAGAAGACUGGUGGAGUAUGGAAGAAUAUUGGCAAGGAAUUAUUUAAUGAGAAGAUUGAUGUGAUGAUUGGAGAAUCGGGAAGAGAUGCUUCUCUAAAUAUUGCUCAUCCGAAUAGACUACUAUAUAAGUCCUUCGAUCACCUCUUUUAUGCCACUUCAAUAAAGCUCACUGUUCCCAAGGAGGGUGUAACCGUUACAAAAGUGGCGGACGGUAGUGAAGAUAUCUACACUCUUUCCUCUGGAGAAACGUUCGAGUAUGCUAAGGCAUAUCUCAACAAAGAUGGUCAGCCGGAGCUUGUCCUUGUAGUAGCUAAGAUGUCUGGUGGUGUAAAGGAAACUUAUCUUGAACUAAAGGACGGUGUAUGGGUGGAUUGUAAGGAUAAAGAUGCAAAGAUGAGAAGUUUAGUGUCUACUGCAGAAUGGGUAUCCAACUUUGAUAUUAAUCUAUCCGCUUCCAAGGACACUGACAAGUGUACCAUCUUUGAGGCUGUCGUUUUGGGAGUUACUACUAAACACUUUUAUCCUAAACCUGGCCAUGUAGCCAAGAAGGUAAAGUAUGAUGGGCAGGAGGUUUGGUCUGGCGGAUUUAAUGAUCGUUGUCUUUCUUGUAUCAUUCGCAAACGUGGUGACAUGGAACUACUAGAAAUGAUAGUUGUUGAGGCAUCUUCAAGGAGGUAUAGGUAUUUUGAGAAUGGUACUGAAUGGAGGAGUAUCACCACAGCGGAAUUUUAUGGUAAGCUACAGAUUUAUAAAUACAAGAAUUGA